UUCCAUCAGCAACGAUGUGCUGCCAAGUACCAACACCUUCCUUGUUUGAGUCUUUGAAAUAUAGUUUAAAUGGAAGUAGAAUGCUGCCAUGUCCAUCUCCUAUAUAUGUAUACUUCUCAGCCUAGUGGAGGGCAGGAGUCCCCAUUUGUAGUUUGGGGUAGGGACACCUUGCUUUUUUUUCACCAGAAACCAAAAUGGCAGCCAGGAUGCCUUGCCAUCAUCACCCUUCUUCCACCUCCUCCUCCUCCAUGGCCAUGAUCAGCCCAAGGUCUGGCACAAGGAAGGCAGCCUUCAGGUUCAGCACCUCUGCACAUGGCAGCAGUUCUUCUUCUUCAUCACACCUCUCCUUAACUCCUGCGACAGACAACAACAAGGUAUUUGAGGAUCAAUUCAGAGGGAUCCUCUGCUACAGAGAUGAGAACGGGGAGAUGAUCUGCGAAGGGUAUGACGAAGGGCCCAGGCUAGGAAUAAGGUUGCCGGAGAAGGCCUGCUUCCCAUGGCCCGUGGGAGUUCAGGUCACUGAUUUCAUCCAGCUGGCGACUCUUCAGGUUUUCGAGGACGUUGAUGUUCUUUAGCUUAAGGGUGAUCAGAAGAGGCAGCUCUGAGCGUGAAACUAAUCAUACCCUCAUGGGGCCAUGUGAGUCUGAAGCUGGAGGCGUUGUGAAUGUCGACAUCGUUGGAGACAUCGGCGGGCCAUCUCCUUAUCCUUUCAUACCUUGUCAGCAUCAAUUAUCAGGCUCAAGAAGAAAGUCUUUUUGGCUUUAGCAAAGACUAGAGUUUCUAGAGUUUGUCGCGAUUCCAUUGGUUAGUCGUUGAAAUUAAGGGUAAUUAUGUAUGAACAUAUAAUUAAAUCCAGUUUGGAAGAUAGAAUUUCAAGAGUACACAGUUUUCAGCUC